AUGCACGCGCGCACACAUGCUGUUGUAUACUACUUCCGCACCAAGCAGGAGGUGGGAUCGAUACCCCCAUCCGCACCCGAUGGCGGCGGUGCUGCGCCCGGCGCUGACCUGGACGUGAUCUACGGCGGCAGCGCCUCCUCGCGCCCCCGCCACCGCGCCAGCGCCGUCCUCGCGCCUACCGGCGCGCCGGGCGCGGCGCUCGCGGUGUGCUGCCGCGAGGACGUGCCCGCCGAGCGCGCGGGCGCGUGGGCGCGGGCGCUGCUGCGGGCGGUCGCGCCGGCGGCGGUGGUGAUCCUGGGGGCAGUGCGGCCCGAGCACUACCGGGGCGCAGGGGACGCAUCCCAAGAGUUCCUCUCAUUCACCCUGCAGACGACAGCUCGGCGGCAGCAGCAGGGGCCGGCCGCCCUCGCGCAGCGGGCGGCCGCCCCGCCGCCGCUCCCGAGCGGCAGCAUCGUGGCCGGCCUGCCGGCGGCGCUGCUGACUGCCUGCGAGCUGCGGGGGCUCGCAGGGGUGCUGCUGGUGUCGGUGGAGCAGGUGCCCGCGCUGCUGCCAGACAGCCUGCCACACCUGGCGGGCGCGGCGGCCGCGCUGCUAUCGGAGGCGCCCGCAGCGGCCGCGCCGGCGCUGGCCGGCGCGCUGCGCGACGCCGGGCGCGUCGCGGCGGCGCGGGCGGGCGUGGAGCACUGGUUGGGGCGCGCGCGGGGGGCGGGGUCUGUGUACGUGUGA